CAAGGUUUGAUUUUGUAUAAUCAACUUUGAAGUUUUGAACGUGAUUUUUGUACUUUAUUUGUGUUAUUAUUGCUGUAAAAAUGGAUAAAGAUUUCAAAGUUGACAAGGAGGAACUGAAAAAAAGGUUGACCCCUCUACAAUAUCAUGUAACCCAGGAGCAGGGAACGGAAGAAGCUUUCAGUGGUUGUUACAAUGAGACGUUCAACGAAGGGUUAUACGUUUGUGUAGUUUGCGAACAACAUUUAUUUAGUUCGGACACUAAGUACGAUAGUCAAUGCGGAUGGCCUGCGUUUAAUGAUGUCCUGGACGAAGGAAAAGUGAAGCUAAGACCCGACAAUAAAGGAGCCAAGCCCCGCUCGGAGGUGUUGUGCUCGAAGUGCGGGGCUCACUUGGGGCACGUUAUCGGUGAUGGGCCUCCGCCGACUAUGAAGAGGUUCUGCAUCAACUCCGCGUCCCUCAACUUCCUGCCGAAGGACGCAAAAGCCUAGGAUAUAUGAAGAAUACCGCAGCCGAAAUUGCUUAAUUUGUUUUUAAAACAUUCCUGAAAUAACUAAUUUUAUUUAAUUUGUAUUUGGGUUGUGGGUGUUUUUUAGAAAAUUAGGAUUUUAUUUGUUUAUAAAUGUUUGCAACAAAAACUUAUUACUAAUUGUAGAAUUUUUUUUUGAGUAAUAUUCUUCCAAUAUUAAUAGUAGGUUUGCGAUUUUGUUAAUAAACCCUAAUCAAAGAUUUUGAUCAAAUUUGUGCCACUUCAAUAAAUUUAAUUUGUAAACAAAAAAUACAAUUGUUCAUUCUUAAAAAAUGAUUUAUUAUCCACUCGCUAUAUCUUUUAUUGGCAACAAUAUAUCUACGCAAUCACAAUUUUUUAUCAUAAAUACUAGUGCAAAAAUACCUAUAGUAAUCAAACAGCCAUUCUACCAUUCACGCAUUUCCAUCUUUGUUCUACAUUUCACUAAGUCGUUAACAAAUUUUGAUAUAUUGUACUGAAAAAUUAAAAAUAGUUAAAAGUAUAAUUAAAAACAAUUAAAUUUGUGAAUGAUUUAGCGAAAUUGUUACUAAAUAAAAAUUAAAAAGGCCUUUCUAAAUACACGUAAGUUUAAAUAAGAAUAUUACACGAUGAUUAAACGCACAUUAAAAGUCUAAUAAAAACUUUUUGAAAAAUAUUAGAUUUUUCAAAUAAUGUUUGUAGUUGAUAACAACUAAGUAGCUCUGUUCUCUUUAAAUUUAUUUUUCCUAACUGAAAAAUCCACAUUUUCCAACAAGUUAUGAACGUUUUUCAUUUAUAUAUAAAAAAAUAUAAUGAAGAGUCUCAAAAAAAAGAAUACAUGUAAAUAUGGCAUAAGGAUAAUACAUUGCAAGUGAAUAACACUCACUUAUUAAUCAGACUAAACAAGUAGGCUAUUAAAAUAGGAGUAAUAGAACAAAUGAGAAACUGUGACGUUAAAACAAUUAAUGCAAAAAAAAUCAGAUAAGCAUUUCACAAAAAAUGGUCCUUUUCCUAUACAGAUUAGAAACUAUACUUUCUUGUCACAGUUAAAGCAUUUAUGAAUGUCGAACGAGUUUAGGAUUCAUUAAACUGGAAAUUAGGCACAGUCUCCUGUCAAUACUAUUGGGGAAAAAUUCAACAAGUAAAAAGAUUUUGUACUUUAAACAUUUUUUUAAUACUUUUAAAAUUACUUUAGAUAGUAAAUAUUUUUGGACAUUUAAGAGAAUACGAAAAUUUUUACAUUAUUAAAUAGAAUUGAAUUGUGUCAACAUCUAAUUAUGUAGCGAUUUAAUAAAGGAAUCGAAUAUUUUUCGUGAUUAUAUAAUUUUUGACGAAUCUUCACUUCAAUUACCUGUUGAAAUUUUCAAUUACAUGUUUAUUAUAAUAUGGCCUUAAUAUAAUACAACCUAUAUUACUAGAACUGCAAAGCUUCAAUUAUUUUAAUUAUUAAAUAUAAAUAAAUUUUCCAUACUACUAUUACUACCUAUACAUAUAUAAUACAAUGGGUCUAAUAUAAAAUACAUAAUGCAAUUUCUAGUAAUAUGGGACAAUCGAGUCUUUAUAUACCCAGUCAAUUACGAAAAAACAUAAAAAAAGAGUUAAAACACUAAUAAAAUAUUAAAAUUGUAAAAAGUAAUCACUAAAAUAUCGUUCUAUUCUAAUCAGCGAAAUCGCAAAUGAGAAAAACUGCUAAAAUGAGACCAGUUAAAAUCGUAAAAUAACUUAUAAAAAAACCCCUGGGUAUAAUGAAGCCUUCGUACUAUUAUUCUUCACAUUUCGACGGUACAACAGUCUUAGCGCAGCUAAUGCUUUGCAGCGUCCUUGGCCGCCAAAAUUAGAGGCGUUAGGCUUGCUAGAGGUCGCGCCAGUUUUAGGAAUGGAUGCUGAAAGAUACAGAUUAUAGAAAAAAAGCAGUACAAGCACAGCCAAGAUGCGAUUUUUAGGUCCCAAUUAAUCAAUAAAGCAGUAAAGAACCCUUUACUACAUUGUACCAAAUGGUUGGACAAAUAGCUUCAGGGCCACAAUCAACCUUAAAUUCGCACUGAUGAACCUUCAAUUACCUUUAAUA